AUGGAGACCGAGUGCCAGAAGGAGCGGUAUUCCUUGACACUGGUCAACGGACCAAGUGACAAGCAGUCGGCCAAAGCCUACAUCGCGAACGUGGACGUGAACAACGACAACACCAUCUCGCAGUACCUCUCCUUCAGCGGCAACGAUAAAAACAACCUGAUGACCAUCAAGUUAGCUG